GUUCGCCUGCUAACUGUUUGUUAUUAACUUAGUCAAUCUAGCACUCGUGUGCAACGACAAGUGCGGUUUAGGGACUUUUUACGCCGUCAAGUUGUCACGCGCCAGCAAAAUGUAAGCUCCGCAACCCGACGUACUUUUUUUGGAUAACCAGAAACCUCAACCCGGAAUAUUUACCCUUUUCUUCAUUUACUUGAAUUAAAUGGGCCAAAAUGUCUUCAUUAGGAAUUAUGACCCUUACGCGUGCGCCGUGUGAGCUCGACAAAAUGAGCCUUUUUCAAGAUCUGAAACUGAAACGAAGAAAAGUAGAUUCUCGAUGUAGCAGUGACGGCGAAUCGGUCGCCGAUACUAGCACGUCGUCGCCAGAUCUCGUCAGUCCACCGUCGCCUAAAAUGACAGAUGCUGUAUGCAACCCGCCGAGUCCUGAUUCAACGCCCAUACAGCUGCACCUGUCAGAGCCCACACUGGACAAAAUCUCGCGCCGCCUGGAGGAUUCAGGAGUAUUUGACGGAGGAGGCACAGCCAGCGUCAUCAGAACACUGCCAGUGUUUCGAUCUCAGAGUCCCCCUACCAGGCCAGCACCUGCCGCCAGCCCGUUGCAGCCGCCCAGACCGCAUAGCUCGCCAGGACGACCGGCCAACACUAGCCCCGUCAUCAAACACAACCCCCUUCUUAUUCACUCAACGCCCACCCAACUACCACCCAUCAUCAGACACAUACAACCGACUACAGUUACCUGUCAAGAACCGACCUCAUCCUCGCCCCUUUCAUCCAAACCCCGCGGAGUCAUCAUCAGCCAGCAGCAAGCGGCCCAGGCUCAGGUCCAGGGGCAGGCCUCCCUCUCGCCCAACCAGCUUUGGCUGAACCAUUCGCGAAUAAACGGCGUCAAACCAGAACUGAUAGGAGGAGUAAACACGAUACCGCACUAUCCGGACAUCAAGUCGCCGGGUAUUCCCAUGUCCCCGAGGCCCACCGCCAACGUUCCAGCCAGACAAACACCAACCGUGAUAAUGGGUGAAGCUGGAGGAGUGAGGACCAUGAUUUGGUCGCAACCGUCCAUGUGCACGACGCCAACGUCGCCGUUGGCGAUGGAACAGCCGCAGCUCCAUCCGACCACGUCGAACUGGUCGCCCACGCACGUCAACGUGACCAACCCCGAGGAAAGUGCAGCUCAAAUGUUACUGAACCUUGGCCAGGACCGACUCAGACUGCCGGUCAGUCGGUCGAUGGCGACCCCCCAAUCUCCCGCGCCCGGCCAUUUCAGCAACGCGCCUUUGAACAUGGAGCGGCUCUGGGCCGGAGAUCUGAGGCAGCUGCCCGUCAACCAACAGAACCAAGCCUUGAACCUGACCUCCGCGAGCCCGGGCCCGCCCAACAUCUACAGCCCCAACGAUCUAAAAAUGGUCGGAUUGAACGAGACGGUCGCCCUCGAGCAACACGAUCCCGCCGAGGAAGAGGAACAACCGAUGAUCUGCAUGAUUUGCGAGGACAAAGCCACCGGCCUGCAUUACGGCAUCAUCACCUGCGAGGGGUGCAAGGGCUUUUUCAAGCGGACUGUUCAAAAUCGCAGAGUGUACACGUGUGUGGCGGAUGGAAACUGUGAGAUUACCAAGGCCCAAAGGAAUAGAUGUCAGUACUGCAGGUUCAAGAAAUGCAUCGAGCAAGGAAUGGUUCUACAAGCUGUUCGCGAGGACCGGAUGCCGGGCGGAAGGAACAGCGGUGCCGUGUACAAUUUGUACAAGGUGAAGUACAAGAAGCACAAGAAGCCUUGCAAAAGUCAGCAGCAGCAGCAGAAGGCCAUGGAGAAGAGCAUCACGAUGGCCAACAACCAGCAGCAAUUUAAGCCCGAACAGACCUCCAGUAUUCCAUCUAACCUAGUCAAUGGGACCAUAUUAAAAACAGCUUUAACCAACCCCAGUGAGGUGGUCCGUUUUCGGCAGCGCCUGGACAGUGCAGUUAGUAGUUCUAGGGACCGAAACUUUUCGAUAGAAUACUCUUUAUCAAUGAUAAAAACUUUAAUAGACUGUGAUGAAUUUCAAGAUAUAGCAACGUUGCAAAAUUUAGACGAUUUAUUAGACCAUAAUACGGACUUAAGUGAGAAACUUUGCCAUAUCGGUGAUUCGAUUGUGUAUAAACUUGUGCAAUGGACGAAAAGACUUCCGUUUUAUCUUGAGUUACCAGUGGAAGUUCACACCAGACUGUUAACGCAUAAGUGGCACGAGCUGCUAGUACUCACGACGUCAGCCUAUCAGGCGAUACACAAAGCUAACGAACCCAUGCCGACCAUCAAGACCGACUUCACCCAGGAGGUGGAGACAAAUUUGUGUACGCUGCAGAGCUGUUUGACAUCAAUGAUGGGUCGCGAAAUUACCAUAGAACAACUUCGACAAGAUGUUGGGUUAAUGAUCGAAAAAAUAACACAUGUAACCCUUAUGUUUAGGCAAAUUAAAUUGACAAUGGAAGAAUACGUGUGCCUUAAAGUAAUAACCAUGUUAAAUCAAGCAAAACCUGCCAGUAGUUCGGGUAACAGUGAAUUGGAGAGUAUACACGAACGAUAUAUGACGUGCCUCCGUGUUUAUACACAACAUAUGUAUCCGCAACAGACUACACGAUUCCAAGACUUACUAGUUAGGUUACCAGAGAUACAGUCUGCAGCAUCUUUACUUCUGGAGAGUAAAAUGUUUUAUGUUCCUUUCCUAUUGAAUUCAGCUAUUCAGAGGUAGUAUCAAGAAAAGCCAGGCAAAUAGGUGAAUUUAAAAAAUAUUUAUACAGAAUCUACUAUGUGUGUACCUAUAUAUCGAUGCAUAUAUAAAACAAUGGUCGUUUAUAUAUUACAUAAUAUAAUUUGUUAUAAACUACAUCAAAUGUUUGUUUAAAAUAUCAUGUUAAUUGUAAAAAAUUCACGUGUAUAUUAUGUAAGAAUAUGUGAAGUAUACUGAGUGCAUCGAGAAUAGUUCUGGAUUUUUUUAUACUGAAGGACAAGUGUUACAAGUACUGAAAUAUUCUUUUGUAUUUUUUUCGAUGUAAGUAUUACCCGAUACCUAAUUUAACAAUAUGUUUUGUCACUUAUAUUAUACACAACAUAAAUCAUUUGAAAAUAUAAAACCCCGCCAAGUGACAUCGAUCAAACUUAAAAAAAAAUUGAGUAAAAAAUCGAUGCUGAUCAUUAUUUUUUUAAUAAAGGGGUUUGUAUUUUUAACUCAUCUCACCCAAUCAAUUUCAUUAAUUAACAAUUAUACAGGAAUUACCACUUAUUUAUUUUGGGUUUGUUAGUUAUUUACCUAAUAACUUCAAGAGUCUGAAUCUGUUACCAUAAUCUAAUUUUUAAAUUAAUUUUAAUUAAUAAUAAUGAAUACAUGUACCAAAUAAUAUGUGGUCAAA